AUGCCGCCCCCACCCUCCGCCAGCUCGCCCGCCUCGCCGCCCACGCCGCCGAGGAGUCGGUCAACCUCAUCGCUCCACACGAUCCUCCUCAGCCCGCCACGCCCGAGCCAGGCUGCGCCGCACAGCAGCUCGUUCGCCUUCAGCAGUCUCGCCGGCGUGUGGUCCAGUCUCAAGGCCGCCGCGACGGUCGAGAUUGCCGGCUUCGUGCGCGGGCUGAGCGGCACCGGGGGCGGUGCAGCUCGUGCGGGCGGCGACGUCGGCAGCAGGGGCGACGAGGCGCGCGUCGGCGAGAAGCGUGAGAGGGCAGGCGAGGGCUCGGGGUCGGGCAGGAGCAGGGACGGCGAGCGCCGGGGCAAGCGGCGUCGGGUCGUCGAGUCUCGAGGCGACGACUUGUUGUUUGACGGCGUUCCACCCCUCAUGCCGCCCAUCUCGCAGUCGAGCGCCUUCCCGUCGUCCCAUUCCUACGACUCGCUCUCGUCCUCGCCUCGCCAGAACCGCAACCUGUCGACCUCCCCUUCUUCGCCCCGCCAUCCCCUUCGUCCCUACGUCGACUCGUCCUACGCCGACGAGCUCGUCCACGCCGCCACGACCGACGAGGGCUUGUCCUCGUCGUUCGCGCCGCGCGCAUCGCUCGAGGCGUCUCGCCGCAGCGGCGACGGCAGCGGCCUGAGGUCGCUCAGCGGCAAGCGUCGCAUUGCCCCGGCGGGUCUGCAGGCGCCGGCGGCGCCGGGCUCGUCGGCAGCGUCGUCGACCUCGGCGCUCGCAGCGCACCGCCUGCAUCGGCGCGAGCGCUCGUACGCCCAGGCCGGCCUGCAGCACGACUUCCAUCCCGGGCCGACUCUUCCGCAGCUGGCGACGCUGUCGGCCUCGGCGUCGCUGCCCAACCUCGCGGCGUCGGGCGCGUCGAGCCCGCAGACGCAGCGCAAGGGCAAGGACAAGAUGCGCGAGGGCGGGCGAGCAGGCGCGACGCUCCUUGCCGAAGCGGGCGACCAGUUUGAGCGCGUGUGGAGGACGGAGAAGGAGAAGGAGCGGAGCAACAGGCGGAUCGAGGAGCUCGAGGAGGAGGUCCAGCGUCUCAAGGGUCAGCUCUCGGCGCAGAAAGCGCCCGCAUUCGCCCGCAUGCCGCGCGUCUCGGCGCCCCUGCCGCCGCCUCCCCCUCCUGCUCCCCCUCCUCCGCCCGUCGGCAAGCCCCACCCUCUCCUCGCCAACGCCCGUGCAUCCCUUCGAGCUACGCCGGAGCGCGCAAAGCGUCUUCACUCGACCCUCGGCGGCAUCGGCGCAGGGCCGAGCAUCGACAUGAGCGCAUGCCUGAGCGAGCUCGGCGCCAAGCGCGACAAGCUGCGCAAGGUCGGCCUCCCGUCGUCGAGGACCCAAGACGACUUGCGUCGGGCGGCGUCGGGCGGGACGUCGACGAGCGGCGAGCUCGGCGAUGUGCUCAGCAGGGCGUUCCAGCGCAAGUUCGCGAACACGGCCGGCGCGCCGUCGCCGACAACGCCGCGCGUGGCGAGCGGGUCCGCCCUGCGCGUGGCCACUGCCCCCGAGUGGUCGCCGCUUGUGCUGUCGGCGUCGCGUUCCUCGGCCGGGGACAGCACCUUGUCGGCGUCGCAGUCGGUCCCGGGCGACCUGUCGGCCCUCGCGCUGCCGCGCUCGCGGUCCUUGCGCCGCCCUGAGCGCGACUUCGGCACCUCGUCUAUCCACGCCUCAUCGUCGGGACCUGCGCUGCACGGGCCCGCCGCAGUGCGCGCUGCCGACCGGCCCAGCGGCUCGGACCUCGCCCUCGACCACGACGACCCGGCGGCGAGCCGGCCUCGCCCUCACGUGCCGACGAGCACCGGCAUGAGCCCGUCGCUCAGCAGCGCAUCGCUCCCGUCUGCGCCGCCCGAGCCGGCCGCGCCCGCAGCCGCAUCCACGAGGGCCGGCGGGCCAGCGUCAAUGUCGACGUCGGGCAGCCCGCGCGACAAGCUGCCCGGGCUCGAGUUCGGGCGCAGCAGGCCUGUCACGCCUGCGCGACGUCGGGCGCGGGAGCAGCGCGAGCGGGCGAGCGCCGAGAAGGCGCAAGUGCUCGUCGACGCCGAGGACGACGAGAUGCUCGAGGAGGACGGCGACGGCGUCGUCCGGGUCGACUUUGGCUCGGGCAGCGAGGACGAGUGCGAGGGCAUGGAGGAGCUCGUCGGGUGCGGGGAGCGCAGGGCGGACCCGACGAGGGUGUUCGGACGCGCCUGAGCUGGUGGCGGUUGGCGACGAGGCGAGGUCCGAGGGCGGGUGUACU